UGUAGGUUGGAAUGACAGUGGUUUUGUAUCUAAGAGUACUGCUACUUCUGAGGGCAACAGUGUGACUCCAAAAAAGGCCAAGCCUAAUGAGGUUGGUGCUGGAAGCAAUUCAGCUGUUUCACCCCAACAGUAACAGCAUCACAGUGUAGCUUCAGAAGGUACAAAUGCUGCAUCAAGCACCAUUAAAAAUGGAGGACCUUUUCCACGAGCUUGUCCGAAGUGCAAUAUUCAUUUCAAUCUUAUGGAUCCUCUAAAAAAUCAUAUGAAGUAUUGUUGUCCAGAUAUGGUAAAUAACUUUUUCCUGGGAAUGGCCAAAACAGAAUGUUCAAGCACAACAAGCAAGACUGCUGAAUCUGAGAAAGGAAAAUUGAUUAUGUUAGUUAACGACUUUUAUUAUGGGAAACAUGAAGGUGACACCCAGCAGGUACAACAGGAGCAGAAGACUCAUACGACAUUUAAGUGCUUCAGCUGUCUGAAAGUUCUUAAAAAUAACAUAAGGUUUAUGAACCACAUGAAACAUCACUUGGAGCUUGAGAAGCAGAGCAGUGAAAGUUGGGAAAGCCACACCACCUGCCAGCACUGUUACCGUCAGUUUCCCACCCCAUUCCAGCUGCAGUGCCACAUUGAAAGUACACACACGCCUUACGAGUCAUCUACAAUUUGCAAGAUCUGUGAAUUAUCCUUUGAAACAGAGCAAGUUCUUUUGCAACAUAUGAAGGACAAUCAUAAGCCAGGUGAAAUGCCAUACGUUUGCCAGGUAUGCAACUACAGAUCCUCAGCUUUUUCAGAUGUAGAAACACAUUUUAGGACAGUUCAUGAAAAUACAAAACACUUGCUAUGCCCAUUUUGCCUCAAAGUAAUUAAAAUUGGAGCACCGUAUAUGCAUCAUUACAUGAGGCAUCAGAAAAAAGGAAUAUACCGUUGUACUAAGUGCAGACUGCAAUUUUUGACGUGCAAAGAAAAAAUGGAUCACAAGACUCAGCAUCACCGAACAUUUAGGAAACCCAAACAGUUAGAAGGAUUGCCUCCUGGAACAAAGGUGACUAUUCGAGCAUCUGUUGGAUCCCUUCAGUCAGGAUCAUCAGCUACAUCUUCUGUUAGUACAAGUGCUUCCGUGUUUCAGUUAUCACCUAAAGCUAAAAAUACAACCACUAAAAAUCAUAACAAAUCUAAUACAAAUAAGUCAAAAGCAAAAUCAAAACCGACAGCAUCGAAGAAGCAAAAUGCAUGGACCAACAGCAAAAAAAAAAAAAUUACAAAUACAGCAUUGCAUAAUCUAAGGUGUCGUUUGGGAGCUCACAAAUGCAUUGAGUGUUACUCGGAAAUAAAAGAUUUUGCAAGCCAUUUUCCUGCUUACGUCCACUGUAGCUUAUGCAGAUACAACACCAGCUGUAGCAAAGCCUAUGUGAAUCACAUGAUGAGUUUUCACAGUGCUCGUCCUAGUAAAAGAUUUUGGAUCUAUAAGAAGCAUUCAGCAAAGCUACGAGGUGUGACUGUAGUAUGUCUUAACUGUGAUUUCCUGGCUGAUGUUUCUGGCUUAGACAGUAUGGCCACACAUCUAAGUGAAAGUCACACUCAUACUUGUCAAGUCAUUAUAGAGAAAGUUUCUGUAGAUACCCCAACUGCUGAACAAGUAUCUGAGUUAAAGACUGAAAUCUCCCUUAGAGAGAGAGAAGCUAAGUUGGAGAAAAUUUCAAGACCUAGUAUAUCUGAAGGAAAAACAGAAACACCAACUUUUGAAAGCAAACAAGAGCAUGAUUCUUCAGACGAAAAGAAAGAAUGCAAUAGAAAUCAAUCUAAAAAAGUUGCAUCAGUUGAAAAGAAUGAAGAAAACUCAUCGUUGUCAAAUACAGAAAAUGUUCCUGGUUUGGAACUCCCUAACAACAGCUCAAAGAAUUCUUUGCAUGAGAAGGGAGCAUGUUGUGAUUCAGAUAAUAGCAAACAAUCAGUAGAUGAGAAACAAAAAUGUAUUAAUGAUGAUAAUGAGUUGAAAACUUGCCAAAGUUCAGAGAAUGUUAUCUUGAAUGAGCAGACUAAAGUACAUAGCUUGGAUGAAACUACACUUUCAGCAAUGAACGCAAGGGACUUAAAACUAACAUUGGGUGAAGAUGUUAGUUUUGAGCAGUUCUUGAGAAAAAGAGAUGAACCUGAAUCUGUUAGUUCAGACAUUAGUGAGCAAGGCAGUAUUCAUUUGGAGCCUUUGACUCCAUCAGAGGUACUAGAGCAUGAAGCUACUGAAAUUCUUCAAAAAGGUAAUGUUGCACCUUCAUCAAAGAAAGCUGGACAACUCUCAGAACAAACAGAUGAGACUUCAAAAGAAAGCAGUCCCAACAGAAUGGAAACAACUGUAAACAAGACAGAUGAAAAUGAAGCAAGCUGA